CUGGAGUCAGGACAAUGACAUAGCUGUGUUUGUGUUGCUGAGUUUGUGGCUCAUGAGCAGCACCUGGUUGUUUCACUGACAGAAGGGAAACCUCGGAGCCCCCCGUGGACUCCCACCAGCAGCAGGCUUGACAGAGUGGAAUUUCCCUCCUCUUCCCAGGCUGCAGCCGGGGGCAGAUGGUCGCUCUGAGAGUCUGAGCAGAAACUCAGGAAGGAGAGCGAGAGGAAGGGUGGAGGGAGGAGGGCCGGACAGGGAGAGGAAGAGAAGCGAGGAGUGGACAGAAGAGGAGACAUGCUUCGCUACGGUUCAGGACGAACUGUUUCCACCACCACAACCACCACAACAGAGGACUCUCCAGAGUCUUCAAGUGAGAGGGGCAUCAGACGCCUGAGGUUGACUCUACAUGCAGGAGAUAAUGGAAACAAGGAACCCAAAACUGCAAACUCAGCAACGGCUGAGAAAGAGAAAGACGUCAAUGGAGCCUGGAAGAAGAAGAACGGGCUGAUCCAAAGAGAGAGGCCAGCUGGCAGGGAGUCGCCUCAGCAGCACCUCGGAGACAUGACCAAUGGGGCGCCAGAGACCUCGCUGCAGCAUCAUGGGCCCAAAGUGUUCGGUGUGGUGCAGAGGACGGGCUCGGACAGACAGCAGGAAGUGAUGGCGCGCGAGUGGACAGUCAGUCACCUUCACGAUGAGAUGAGGUACAUCAGGGAGGUGAGAGACUCUCUGGAGAAGGUGAGGGAGCGAAUGUACGGCCAGUUUGGAGGAAUGCAGAAAUCAAUGGAGAAGCUUUCACUGGAAAUCAGGACUGCCAACUCACACCGGAGGAGUCUGGAGUCAGAGGUGAGGAUCCGGACGUCAGCCAUGGAGAGCUUUGAUCAGAUGAACAGCUCCCUUAUAUCUGCUAACAUCGGUCUGCAGAAAUCCCUUCUGGAGAACUGUCAGAACAGAGUGGGCAUGAGAGACGAGGUGAAGAGUUUGCGAAGUACCUGCGAGCAAACAAAAGAAAAACUCAGAGAAAAAGAACAGGAGCUGGCUGCAGCGCAGGCUGAAAACCAAACUUUGAGACAUCAGGUUGAGUCUUCGCGGGAGGCCAACAACCAGGCGCUGCAGGAGCUCUCAGCAAAGCUACAGAGGGAGUACGAGGAAAAGCUGCACGAGGAACAAAGGAAACACAGGGAGGAGAUCGAAAACCUACAGGCCCAACUCGAUGAGUACAUCAGGCGACUGGAGGAAGCCGAGAGAAACAUCAGGAUCGCAGAAGCCAAGAUCGCUGAGCGGGACCAGAGGAUCAUCGAAGUGGAGCGUCUUCUCGACUGUAUGGGAAAGGAGAAAGGUCAACUCCAGAAGAAGCUGCAGGAAUGUGAACAGCGUCUCCGGCUGAUGGAGCUGCAAGACAGAACCGAUGGAACCGUCGCAAAAAGAUCCAAAGAGUUGCAGAGUGAAACCGUGGAUCUCCGUGAGAGAAUCAAACACUUGAACGACAUGGUGUUCUGCCAGCAGAGGAAAGUCAAAGGAAUGAUCGAGGAGGUGGAAACACUACGAGGUCAAGUCGCUCAGAAGGACAUGUUCAUCUCAGAGCUCCUGGACAGAAUCGCCAUCGUGGAGUGUGAGAAUAAUGAAUUAGAAGACAAGCUGAAGUAUUUUAUGUCCACACAGAAUAACUCGCGAGAGGUUUUGGAAACCAGAGAGAUAGGAGUAGGCUGUGAUCUGCUCCCCAGUCGCUUCCUGCAGUCCCACCCCACGGUGCCGCCUGAUGCGUUCUCCUACAACCGCCACUCUGAGUCCGACCCUCCGGCUGCGAGUCCGGUUCAGUCCGGGAGAGACGAGGUGGACGCGGGAACGAACUCAGAAACACGAUCAAGUUCAGAGGAGUCCACCUCAUCCCUGUCCUCUUCCCAACCGAGAUCAAGAACGCCUGGAGUUUAUACGCCGUUCAUGAAACUUAUGGAAAUUACAGCUAAGAUAAAUAUAGAGUAAACUUAGAGCAAUAGUUUGACAUUUUGGGAAGUUUAUGAGCCAAGACUUAAAUAAGGAGAUUGAUGGCACUCUCACUUUUGAAACCACAACUAGCAGCUGGUUAGCUUAGCUUAGCACAAAGAUAGAAAACAAGGUGAAACAGCCAACCUGCGGGGUUUGUCCAGAAGACGUCUGACUCACUGGAUGUAGAUUGUGAGCAUAAGCUUGACAUCAGCCGCACAUAUUAUGGGAAUUUCUUCCUUAAUCUGCACGCUACCAUUUUCAAAUUUUUCGUCACUCCAGGAAACAACAACAACCUCCAAGCAGCAACUGAAAAUUUCAAGUUUUCCAUGGACUUAGAUCAUGCAGUAAAGCAGAACUGCUAAAUUGUUUUGAUUGGUUUAAAGAAAUACAAACAAGCAAGACAGUUUUCCCCCUACAGUAGAAUGAAGUGUAGUCGACCGUUCAGUGAUGAAGAACGAUCCGACUAUGUGAGAAAAGCAACAAAAUGGGCCGAGUUUUACCUUCAGACCUUGGGUUGAUGUUUACAAGCAACAAUUUGUCACACAAUCGGGGUUAUGAGAGCAAAAAUCAGCAAAACCCAGAAGAAACUUAAAGCUCAAAGUCAAAAAAAUAGUACAUUCACAGAAUCUUAAGAAAAUAAAAUGAGUUGAAAAGUUAAUUAGAGGGCUUUAAGACUGCUGGUAGGCAGAUAUUGUUAUAUUUGGAAAAAACAAACUAAUUAUUUCCCUUAGUUUUUUUCAGUCAUUAUGCUAAGCUAAUCUAUAUGCAACUACAUUUAGCUUAGCAUAGUGCUAAUAUGCACUCUUUACAAAACUUGAGAAUGGCAUCAAUCUUCUCUUGUAACUCUUGGCAAGAAGGCAAAUUACUGUAAUUCCCCCAAAAAGUUGAAGUAUUCCUUUAAACUUAGUUGGCUUUGGUCUAAUUUUCACUCCUGAUUAUCUUUUUUUAACUCACCACACGUAUGGUGAAGAAGAUAAUUGUGAUCGAUGAUGUAAAAAGUCAGCCUAUGUUUGCACAUAGCUCUAGUAAUAUUAAUAAUACAAAAAUGUUGCUUCGUGCAAGGUGUAAAUAAUCUGAUUUUUUAAGAUACUGUACUGAAGAACUAUAUUUUGUUUGUUUACAGUGAAUGUAGCCUCGUUAAGCUUUAAGCAUUUAGUCCUAUAUGAAGAUUGAUACGGUUAUCGUGUGUAUUUUCCCGUCAUUUUAUAUUUGCUCUGUACAAAUUAAAUGAAUAGUAUUUUGCUAUUGUCACAUUAUGUACAUAAUAUUUAUUAACAUGCUUUGUGCCUUCGUGAACAGCCUACUAUCUGACACCGGUGGUGGGAGUGAAUCUCUUUUAACUGGCAACAGGGUUUAUGUGAUAAUAUGGUUCUGUACUGACGAUGAAACUGUUCAAUCACUUUAAGGAUAUUGACUUUAAUGAGGUGACUGCCAUUCCUGAGCCACAGGCGCAAGUAUUAUCCAGCUGUUGUCUGUACUGCCACAACUGUGUUUGAAAAAAAACAACAACAAAAGCUUUAUGAUGUGCCUUUUCUGUAAUGAUACAUAUCAGACUGCAAUUAACGAAAAGAGGCCAGCAUACGUUUGGAUAAUAAAGACUAUACUGUUCAAGUA